UACCAGCAUGUGUACCACCAGUGUACCCUCCAAGAUUUGGUCAUGGUUGGGCUUGUAUUCCCCUGAUGCCAUCUUCUGGGAGGGCCAGCCUUGACAGCAAAUCCCGAUCCAUUGCUUCUGCAGAAGGAAACGCUUCAAUUAUUUCUGCCUAUUCUUGUUCUUGUCUAUGCUAUUGUCAUUUAAGUACAUUUUUUCAAUUUAUUGCAGGUUAACAACUUUAAAUCGAUGGAUACAGAUGCAAUCAAAUCUCCAUAGAGUGUCUGAAUCCGCUGCCACCUGAAGAUGCAUAGUUGAAGUUGGAAAAUCCAAAGCUGAGUCCAGAUUUGCUAUUAAGCGUUCUUUUGAGCCUGACAACGAUACAGAGUGAGAAGAGGAAGACAAAGGCCAUGUUGUAGUCGGAAGUCAUGUAUCUACAUCUGUUUCAGAGUCUGAUGCACAAAAUCAUGGCUCUUCAGAAUUCUUACAAAGUGCUCAGAAGUUUGAAAAUGUGGACCUGGAAAAGGCAGUUUUUCUUUCAUUGGAUUGGGAGAACGAAGGACCAUAUCAAGAAGCUGUUGAAAGAUUAAUAGGUGAAGGAAAAUAUAUGGAUGCUCUUGCUUUAUCUGAUCGUUGUUUAUGUGGUGGGGCUUCUGAUUGGUUGCUACAGUUGCUAGUUGAAAGAGGUGAAGAAAAUCAUUUAGCCACUGACUUGCCACAUGGUUAUGGUAUACAUAGCGUAUGGAGCAAUAGUUGGCAAUAUUGUUUUGAGAUUGAAAGAUAAGCAACUGGCCGCCAGACUUGCUCUCAAAUAUCUUCAUAGAUGGGAGCUUAAUGCUGCGAUGGAUGUUCUCACCAUGUGCAUUUGCCAUCUUCCACAGGGUGAUCCUCUUAGGAGUGAGGCCAUCCUAGCACGACAAGCUUUGCAGAGAUAUAGUCACAUACUGUGUGCAGAUGACAGAUAUAACAGCUGGCAGGAGGUUGAAGCUGAUUGCAAGGAAGAUCCUGAAGGUCUUGCUUUGAGAUUGGCUGGCAAGGGUGCUGUUUCUGCAGCCUUAGAAGUAGUUGAAAGUGCCAAUUUAUCUAUAGAUUUGCGGAGAGAGUUGCGGGGCAGGCAACUUGUUGAGCUGCUUACUGCUGAUCCUGUCAGUGGUGGCGGUCCGGUAGAGGCUUCAAGAUCCUUUCAUCAUUCCAUGAAGCUAAUGAUGCUCUGCCAGUUGCUAUGGGUGCCAUGCAACAACUUCCUAACUUGCGGUCAAAGCAACUUCUUGUAUAUCUCCAUGUCUUUGUCUAUAAUUUCUUCCAUUGACAGAUGUGGGAGCUGAAAGAACUGGCUGUUUCUUGAUAUUUUCUUAAGCCCACUAUUGUCCAUUUUUAAAGGUGCACUUUUUUCUUGAAGAGGCGUGAUGGAAAUAUGUCACACGCUGAAAUCUCCCAGCUUAAUGCUUGGGCUCUGGGUCUACAUGUUCUUGCUGCUUUGCCUUUGCCUUGGCAGCAACGUUGUUCUGCGUUACAUGAGCAGCCUCUGUUGAUCUUAGAAGUCCUAUUUAUGUGUAAACAGUUAGAUUCUGCUUCUCAGAUCAUGAAAGAGUUUCCUUCACUUAGGGACAACAAUCUGAUUCUUGCAUAUGCGGCUAAAGCCAUUGCCGUUAACAUGAAUCCUCCUGUUAGCGAACAACGUGCCCCUAUGGUGGUUCCCAGAACAAAGCAGAAAACACAAACGGGCAUGCCUGCAAAAUCAAAUUUUAGUCACAGCCUCAGCAACUUGCAGAAAGAAGCUCGCCGUGCAUAGGAGAUU